AUGACGGGGAGAUCUGCCUCCAGCUUUCUGUAUUCGUGCAAGGGAGUGUUGUGUGCGUGCUUGCCGGGAAGUAAAACCAGCGAAGGGAAAGAAAUGAGCCGUCAGACUGCUACAGCACUACCUACAGGUACUUCAAAGUGUACGCCAUCGCAGAGGGUGCCUGCACUGACUGGCACUACAGCUUCCAAUAAUGACUUGGCUAGUCUCUUUGAGUGUCCUGUGUGUUUUGACUAUGUGCUGCCACCAAUUCUUCAGUGUCAGAGUGGCCAUCUUGUUUGUAGCAACUGUCGCCCUAAACUUACAUGCUGUCCAACUUGCCGAGGCCCACUGGGCUCCAUUCGUAACCUGGCGAUGGAGAAGGUUGCCAAUUCUGUACUAUUCCCGUGUAAAUAUGCCUCUUCCGGAUGCGAGAUAACUUUGCCACACACAGAAAAAGCAGAGCACGAGGAGCUGUGUGAGUUUAGGCCUUACUCCUGUCCAUGUCCCGGUGCUUCAUGUAAAUGGCAAGGUUCUCUGGAUGCUGUAAUGCCACAUCUGAUGCAUCAACAUAAGUCAAUUACAACACUUCAGGGAGAAGACAUAGUGUUCCUUGCUACAGACAUUAAUCUUCCUGGUGCUGUUGACUGGGUUAUGAUGCAGUCUUGUUUUGGCUUUCAUUUCAUGUUAGUCUUGGAGAAACAGGAAAAAUAUGAUGGUCACCAGCAAUUCUUUGCAAUUGUACAGCUGAUAGGAACACGCAAGCAAGCGGAAAACUUUGCUUAUCGACUCGAGUUAAACGGGCAUAGGCGGCGAUUGACUUGGGAAGCAACUCCUCGAUCUAUUCAUGAGGGAAUUGCAACAGCCAUUAUGAAUAGUGACUGUCUAGUCUUUGACACCAGCAUUGCACAGCUCUUUGCAGAAAAUGGCAAUUUAGGCAUCAAUGUAACUAUAUCCAUGUGUUGAAAUGGCAAUCAAACCUCUUCAGGCCAGUGUUUAAAACCAUUGCAUUUAAUUUAGCAGAAACUAGGGUAACCGUCUUUGACUGUCAGACAAAUUAUUUGGUAGAUGGAGGGUAGACAUAUAUGAAGGUAAAUAAAAGGAAAGGCUGUUAAAUUACAGGAAGCAGUUGCAUGUAGUAACACUAAUAUAUUUAAGUCAACAGUAAACCACUGAAAAUAUAUAUACACCCAAAAUGGGCAUCUUUUGUAUUAAGAAUUGAUUCUACAGGAAAUGUUGUAAAAUAAUUCUAAAAACUUGUUUGUAGAUUGAUUGUACUGUUGAAAAGGAUACUGUUUCGUGUUUUUGUUUGUGUUUUUUUCCUCCCCCCUUUGACUGACAAGCCAUGUUGAGUGGUCUGGUCUCUGGCCGCUGCUUCCCCUCCUCCUCCCACCUCCCCUUUGUAAGUCACUACAUAGUAUUGCUGCUGUUUGUGUAUAUUUUUUGUGUAUUUGCUAAUUUUUAUUAACUUCUAGUUUUUCAUUAAAUAAAUAUGACUUUCUUUUCUG